AUGGCGCCUGUGGUUACCGAAAUCACAACUCCAGUCCCGGAGACAGAAUUCGGCAGACUCAGAGACCACCUGCCGCAAUCACUGCCCCUCCUCCGACGCAUACAAUUCACCCACUUUCCGCAGGGAACCACCGAGCACGCCCGCUAUCUCAUCGCAACCGACAGCGAUGGCUCCAUCGACAGCGGAGAAGGCCAGGCCCAGCAGCCACCACCACCACCACCACCAAGCAAGCAUCACUUCGCCGCUUGCUACCUAGACCUUUCCAAGGGCCCCGAGACGGAGAUGUAUCUGUACACAACCCUCGAGGACGCCCCAGACCCGUCCGCGCUGCCCGACUCCGAGGUCGAGCGCGUGCUGGACCUCGCCGUCUCGCUCCUCCGGCGCGGCAAGCUCGCGGCCGAGGAGGCGCUGCGGCCGGGCGCGCCCUUCAAGCUCGCCCGCGGGCCCGGCGGGUUCCUCGUCGGCGGGCUGCACCAGCCGACGUACGAGCUGCUGUGCGCGAGGAGGGGCCUCACGAGCAGCUACUGGAACCCGCACGACGCGUGGCUGUUCCGCCUCGAGAGGCUGCCCCCGGCGCAGCCGUCGUCGUCGGCGGCGGCAGGUGGCGGGCCGCCCGGGGCGCACGAGGGCCUCAGGUGGGAUGUUGUGCGGCGUGAGGAUGUCCCGCUUAUUGCGUCGCGGACUUAUAUCCCCAAGAUCGAGGCUACGCUUAUGAGCGAGCCGAGCGUGGCUGUUCGGGAUGCCGAGGGGACGCUGGUUGCUUGGGGGUUUGUUGGGGUUGCUGGGACUUUGUCCACGUUGCAUGUUGAGGAACCAUACCGCGGAAAGGGGAUGGCAAAGGCGGUGGCUACGAAGGUACUGCGAGAACACAGCUUUGGUGAUGAUGGUUGGGGAUCGGCCGAUGUGCACGUUGACAAUGCUCAGAGCCAGGGUGUGUGUAAAGCCCUUGGCGGUGAGAAGGGCUGGAAGAAUUGUUGGACUGUCGUCGAUCUCGACAGUAUACCAUAG